AUGCCACUCUUUACUGCACCCGUCACAAUACCUUCGAUCGCCAUGAGGAAACGGAAAACCAGCAGCCGGGCUCUUCUGCCGCUGUUGUGCGUCGUCGCCGGACUCUGGACGGCCGGCGUCAUGGCUCACGUCUCACCAUCGAUUAACGACAUCGAUUUCGACGGCCCCGGCGUCUCCAGCGACGACACGUACUCCCUCACAUCCUUACGACACAUUGGCUCUGCACCCGCUCCCGUCGUCGUCCGUUCCAACCCAGAGACAUGUCUCCACGCCUGCCAGCUGGCCUUGCGAGAGCCCACUUUUGUUGACGUCCCGCCUGAGGCUGGCUUCCGCGUCAAGGACUGCUACAGUCCGCUGAUGCAGGUGUCCUUGUUCAUUUGUCUGCGCGGGUACUGCUCGGACGGCCGCGGUGCCGGCAGCCUCGACGAGAUGAACCGGAGCUGCACCGCUCUGCGCAACGAACCGCUGCCUUCUUUUGAGGGCGUGCUGGCCGACUACCCGCCCGACAAGGUGCUGCGACUGCGGCGACUGCAGCGUCCCGAAGCUGUGGGCGGCACAGUCCUCUCAGAAGUCGUCGUCCUCUCCGAGCAGCUGUACGAGAACUCGUACGACACGCUGGCGGACCUGAUCUACGUCCGCAAGUACCACAAUUUCUAUGGCCGUGCUGUGAUUAUCUUUUGGGUUGUCGUCAUCCUGUACGGCAUGGGCAACCGCGUUUGCAUGACCGUUGUGCAGAACCUACGGCGGCGUCGUCGCUUUCUCUCACCUACUCUCCACCGCCGGACCACGACGGGUUACCACCAGGUUGACGAGGAAGAGGUCGAGGACAAUGAUCUUGUACUUGACGAUAUCGAUGCUACAGGACGCGACUCCUACGACCAGAAGCAGGGUAUGACCCCGGCUGGCCACAGCUUUGCCCGCCGGCCGCGUAUCUGGCUGCAGCGCCACCUGACGACGCCCGCGACCUUUGGCCAGCGCUGCUCACAAGAUUUUGGCUGGUACACCGUGCCGCCGCGUGUGCAGUCCGUCACGCUCUUGAUAUUUGCCAUCAUGAAUACGGUCUUCUGCGUUCAUGGCUACCGUGUCUUCACAGGCAACAUGUAG